AUGUCAACUGAGGUUACCUCUGAUAGUGCUGUCGCGGCAGCCCCUCUCGUGGAUACUGUGGAGGAAGCGGAGACCCAACGAAUCAUGGACUUCUUCGAAGCUCUCGAACUGGAAUGCACCAGUGGAAAGUUCACAGACGCCGUGUCCAAGUUCAUAUUCGACCAUGCUGAUACCUUCGAUGACCGCGAGUUGGACAAAGACAUUCCGUUGGAUUGGUACAACAUUUUUCAAGAAUAUCAGACCCUCAUUGAGAACGAGAUAAGAGGUGUAUUGAAAGCCCAUGAAAUCUCAGAUGAGGAGUUCGCUACCUACAUAGAGGUUAUCUCUGAGAAAGAUACGACGGGACUAUUCGCUAUCGAUUACAUCACAGCUGCUCUCGAUUUCGAGGACUUUUGUGUGAUGAUGUUCCAGCAUAAGGUGAUGGUAGCAUUUGAGGUUCCCGAUGAUAGUGAGGAGCUUCCGGAGGAGUGA